AUGGCCUUGUGGUUGCUGCUCCAUCUCCCCUUCCUGGGUCUCGGCCUGGGUCAGCCCUCCUUCCCGGGACACAGCCCCCGCGCGUCCGCAGCCGCCUGGCCAGCCCUCUUCAGUCGCGACUCGCCUGAGGCGGCUCCAGAAGCCCUCCAGAUCCCGAGCAACGGAAGCGCGCCGUUGCUGGUAACGGCGCAGGUGUUCGUGUCCAACGUGUUUCACGUGGACAUCCUGCGGUACACCGUGUCCUCCGUGCUGCUGCUGCGGCUGUCCUGGCUGGACACGCGCUUGGCCUGGAACGCGAGUGCGCACCCGCGGCGCGCGGUCACGCUGCCCUGGGACUCACUCUGGACACCGGGACUCACCAUCCAGGAGGCGCUCUGGGUGGACUGGCGGGACCAGAGCCCACGGGCACGAGUGGACCCAGACGGCAACGUGGAACUCUACCUGGCCCUCACGGCGGAGACCAAUUGCGACUUUGAGCUCCUCCGAUUCCCCCGGGACCAGAGCGACUGCAGCCUCAGCUUCUAUGCGCUAAGCAACACUGUGACGGAGUUGGAGUUCCGGGCUUACGCCGUCAACGAGAUCGUGAGUGUCAAGAGGGAGUACGUAGUCUGGGAUUUGAAAACCCAAGUCCCACCCCAGCAGCUGGUGCCCUGCUUCCAGGUGACGCUGACCCUGCAGAACACGGCACUAAAGGCCAUCAUCGCUCUUUUGGUGCCGGGGGAGGCGCUGCUGGUGGCCGACGUGUGUGGGGGGCUGCUGCCCCUCGGGGCCGCUGAGCGCCUGGGCUACAAGGUGACCUUGCUGCUGGGCUGCCUUGUCUUCCACUCGUCCCUGGUGCAGGCGCUGCCCAGCUCCUCCUCCUGUAACCCACUGCUCAUUUACUACUUCACUGUCCUGCUGCUGCUGCUCUUCCUCAGCACCGCGGAGACCGUGCUGCUGGCCGGGCUGCUGGCCCGGGGCAGCCAGGGGGCCAAGGUCCAGCCCAGCCUUGUCCCAGGACGGGGGCAGCAGAACCACGAGAACCCAGGGCCUGCUCCUCAAGGAACCCCUGGAGGAAGAGAGGGGUCAGGGGGGAGCUGGGCUGAGGCUGCCGACCACGUCUUUUUUCUGGCGUAUGUGGCUGGGGUGGUGUGCAGCCAAGUCAUCUUUGCUGGCAUCUGGAUGUGGAUGGUGUGCAAGUCAGACCCAGCCCCUGGCGAGGCUGCGCCCCACGGUGGGCAGCCCAGGCUGUAA